AUGGCGUCCGCAGCUGCAGCGACGAUCAAACAUCCUAAGUUGGGAACUGUUCGAGGCAAGGCUGCCGAUGACGGUAGCGGCGUCGCGCAGUUCCUGGGUAUCAAGUACGCGUCGUUGAAAGAUCGCUUCGCGCCGCCGGAGCUGCUGAAGGGCGAUCCAAAGGCUACGGUGGAGGCUGGAGAGUUUGGCCCACACGUUGUUUGUCUUCCCAAUGCAAUCGACAUGGAGUUCGGCUUCAUACAGCAAACACUUCCUAAGCCAGACGCUCCACCGCCGACCUCUGAUGUGGAUGGUUUGAACCUGAACAUCACCGUCCCACCGGCCGGGACGCCGAAGCCCAGCGAGGCAGGGUUUCCAGUGUUGGUCUUCGUCCACGGCGGCGGCUUAUUCAUCGGUGCGAACUGGUGGCCGCAGUACGAUUUCAAGAGGCUGGUGAAGCUGGGAGUGGAGAGGGGCGUGCCGUUUAUUGGCGUGAAUGUCGGAUAUCGACUCGGGAUCCCUGGCUUCCUGACUUCCAAGGAGAUGCAACAGGCCGGCUACAAAUCGAACAACGGUCUACGCGACCAAGCCACGGCCUUCCGAUGGGUGCAAGAAAACAUCGCCGGCUUCGGCGGCGAUCCAGCCAACGUGACCGCCAUGGGCGAAAGCGCAGGUGGAGCAUCCUGCCUCCUCCACCUCCAAUCCCCCACGCCUCUCUUCACCCGCCUCAUCACCAUGUCCGGCACCCCCCUCCUCAUGAACCCGCUCCCGCCCGCCGUCGCCGAAAACACCUACGCCGCCCUCACCGCGGCCUUCGGUCUCUCCAACCACCCGCCCUCCACCCGCCCCGCCGCCCUCGCCGCCCUCCCCAUCCCCGACCUCCUCGCCAAAGCACCACCAGGCCUGCCGCUCAUCUUCGUCCACGACGGCGACGACGACAGCGUCCGCCACCGGCCCACGCACGCGGAUCUAGCCGCGUCGCUCGGCCCGGAAGCAACCGGUGGGCAGAAGACGAGGCCGUGGUGCAAGCAGAUCCUCGCCGGCUACGCGCCGGCCGACGCGUCGAUCCUGACGGCCAUGAUCCCGACGCUGCAGCGCGAGGACGAGGGGCUGGCCGAGGCGUUUAUGGGGUCGUUUCGGCGCGGGCUUGUCCAGCAAGGUGGUGACGAAGCGGUGGCGGAGAAGCUGUUCGCGGCGUAUGGCAUCCAGGCCGGGAGUGAUGCGAAGAAGGCGCUGCGCGCGAUCGUGGCGCUGGCGUCGGAUUUGCUGUUUCGCGCGGGGGCGCGGGCGUAUGUGGAGAAGUGGCCUGCAGCGGAGGAGGUGGCGACGGGAGGAGGAGAAGAAGGGAAGGCGUGGCUUUACCGCCUCGCCUUCCCCAAUCCCUGGCCCGGCCCGUGGCACGGCGAGGCGUCGCACAUUAUGGACGUGGCGCUAGUGUUCUUGAACUUCGAGGAGGCGCUGCCGGGAGAGGGCUAUAAAGAGGCGGCGAGGCAGUGGGCGGAGCGCGUGCUGCGGUUCGUGGCGGGCGAGGGGCCUGGGUGGGAUGGCGGCGCGCAGGUCGGCGUGUUUGGCGAGGGAGGGGUGGAUGCUGUUACGCGGGAGGAGGAGGUGCGGACGGAUCGGUUGGCGCGGGUGCUGCGGGAGGAGGGCGUUGGGAUCGAUGUGGUGGUGGGGGCUUGGGACGGGUUUAGGCGCGGGGUGUGA